CAUGGCUCAAUCCCCAUGCGUACAUGGUGCAACCGAGUCCGAAAUACUUGUCAAGUUCAAGUCUUCUUUGUCCAACGCCUCAGCACUCAACAACUGGGACGGGAACUCCAAUAGUCCAUGCAACUGGGUAGGUGUCCGGUGCAACGAUGACGGGACGGUAGGGCUUUUGAGGCUUGAAAAGAUGAGCCUCGCGGGUCUCAUCGACCUUGACACCCUCGUGGGCCUCCCUGGGUUGAGAUCCCUCAGCUUAAUGAAUAACAGCUUCCAAGGUCCCAUGCCUGCCGUCUCCAAACUCAGCUCCUUGAAGAUUCUUUACCUCUCCUAUAACAACUUCUCCGGCGACAUUCCCUCCGAUGCCUUCAGCGGCAUGUAUUCCUUGAAGAAGCUUUACAUGGCCAGGAACAACUUCACUGGCCAAAUUCCCACGUCUCUUGCUACUUUGACUAAGCUUGUCGAGUUGGUUCUCCAAGGCAACCAGUUUGAAGGGAACAUACCCGAUUUCCAGCACAAGUUUGAUGUUUUGGAUUUGUCCAAUAACCAUUUGGAGGGUCCAAUACCAUCUGCUCUUGGUGACAGCAGCCCAGCUUUUCUUGCAGGCAACAAAGAUCUAUGUGGAAAGCCUCUGCAGCCAUGCAAAUCCAACGACAAGAAGAAGAAGCGCAUCGUCAUUCUAAUCAUUGUUGUUGUGGUCUCUUUGGCUGCGCUACUAGUUGCCAUUGCUGCCAUAUCCUCCUACUUUCGCGGCCGUCAGAGAGAAGCAGCAGCCCAAGCCAAGAUGGGCCACAACAAGUAUUCCCAAAAGCAGUUCGUAAAUGAAGCCCAAUCAACCGAGUAUCCGGCCCAAACAAAAAAAGCAGCCCAAAACGGGAAACUUCACUUCGUGAGGAACGACAGAGAAAGGUUCGAGUUGCAGGACCUUCUUAGAGCAUCCGCCGAGGUUCUGGGGAGCGGAAGCUUCGGGUCUUCCUACAAAGCGAGGCUCCUGAGCGGAUCUACCAUGGUCGUGAAGAGGUUCAGGCAGAUGAGCAACGUCGGGAAAGAAGAGUUUCAGGAGCACAUGAAGAGACUCGGAAUGCUGUCUCACCCCAACUUGCUUCCUCUGGUGGCUUUCUACUUCAGAAAAGAGGAGAAGCUCUUGGUCUCCGAUUUCAUCGACAACGGAAGCUUGGCCAGCCAUCUGCACAGUAACAACCCAAAUCCGAGGCUUGACUGGCCCACCCGCUUAAAGAUCAUCAGGGGAGUGGCCAGAGGCUUGGCUUAUCUAUUCAAGCAGUUCCCGAACACGGCCUUGCCUCACGGUCACCUCAAGUCCUCCAACGUUUUGGUUGAUGACACCUUCGAGCCUAUAUUAACCGACUAUGCUCUGUUUCCGGUGGUGAACAGAGACCUCGCUCAGCAAGUCAUGGUGGCCUACAAGUCCCCCGACGAGCGGAAAAACAGAAAGACGGACGUUUGGAGUCUGGGGAUACUGAUACUGGAAAUGCUGACGGGGAAGUUUCCGGCGAACUAUCUGAAACAGGGGUCCGGGUCGGGAGCGAAUGGGGAUUUGGGAACGUGGGUGAACUCGGUGGUGAGAGAGGAGUGGACGGGAGAGGUGUUUGAUAAGGAGAUGAGGGGGGGGAAGAAUGGGGAGGGGGAGAUGCUGAAGCUGCUGAAGAUCGGAAUGUGUUGCUGCGAGAGUAAUGUGGAGAGGCGAUGGGACUUGAGAGAGGCUGUUGAGAAGAUCGAGGAGUUGAAGGAGAGAGACGGUGACUACGAUGAUAUGUCGUCUUAUGGAAGUGAAGGGGAUGUGUAUUCUUCAAGAGCAAUGACUGAGGAUGACUUCUCUUUCUCUGUUAAUGGAUCAUAAUUCGUUUCGAUUAAUUUGUUUUUCCUGCAAUUGAUAGAUAUAUUUGAUCCAUUUUCAGUUACAGUCAAGAUGGCUUGAUUUAUUUUUAUUUUUUUUUUCCAAAAAACCGGUUUUGGGCAUUAUACUUGUCUCUUCUCUGUAUAAUUUUUUUUUUGGUUUCGUUUACGCAUAAAAGGAUUGUGUCAAUUUCAA